AUGGACCAUGAUGACAAUAUCCCACUGCGUGCAGUCUCUAUUAGGCAAGAGUCAAUCAAAACAGAGCCCAAAACAAACAACCUCGCUCAACAUCAAGGAGACUUCAAUGGAGAUCAAAAAGACGUGGAAGCAUCUGCCAAUCCAUCUGGGCCUGGAGUGACUGCGACAACGCCCGAUUACCCCUCAGGAAUCAAGUCUCAUCUGGCAGUCGCGACUCUAUGUCUGGCAAUCUUUCUCACGACAUUGGAUAAUACGAUCAUUGCCACCGCUACACCAUAUAUCACCGACGAGUUCCAUUCUCUCAAAGAUGUCGGCUGGUAUGGAAGCGUUUACACCAUGGUAGUCUGCGUUACCCAGCUCCUCUUCGGCAAGCUAAGCGCCCGGUACUCAAUUCAAUGGCUCUACAGCAUCUCCAUGGUUCUUUUCCUGGUUGGUUCUGCCGUUUGUGGUGCUGCGCCCAACUCCCCAGCCCUGAUCGUGGGUCGUGCGAUUGCGGGUUUGGGGUGCGCGGGUCUUCUGGUCGGUGCCUUUUCCCUUGUUCCAUUCAUCGCACCGCCGGCAAAGCGCCCUAUCAUGCUUAGCCUCAUCUCGGCCUCCCGUGGACUCGCAACAACAUUUGGUCCUUUGAUUGGAGGUGCCCUUACCGAGAGGGUCUCCUGGCGUUGGAAUUUCUACAUCAAUCUCCCGCUUGGUGUCGCUAUUCAAGUCGCCUUUUUCGCUUUCGUACGCCCACCGAAGCGUGAGAGCGAAGCCUUUACCUCCUGGGCAGAUCUUGUGCAGAACCUUGAUCUUUUCGGCCUGGCGUCCUUGCUUCCCUCGGUUGUUUGCCUUCUCCUUGCGCUGCAAUGGGGUGGAAUCACAUAUCCAUGGUCGGAUCCUCGCAUUAUUGUGUUGCUCGUCCUCUGUGGGGUUUUGGCUAUAGUGUUUUCCUUGACUGAGAUGUGGCAAGGUCCCAAAGCACUCCUGCCGCCUCGUGUCUUUACCCAGCGAACCGUCUCAGCUGCGUCAUUCUAUGGAUUUUGCACGACAGGUGCCAUUUUCGUGCUGACUUACUAUCUCCCUAUAUGGUUCCAAGGAGUUCGGGGUGCCAGUCCAAUCCAAUCUGGGCUGUAUACCCUUCCCUGGGUUAUCACUAGUACCAUCGUGUCGCUCACAGUCGGAAUUCUCAUUGCCAAAGUGGGCCAUGCUGAUGCAUUCAUGGUCAUCGGAACGGUUUUCGGUGCAGUUGGGUCUGGUCUCUUCACCACCUUUACCCUAGAGACGAGUGACGGGAAAUGGAUUGGCUACCAGAUCAUCUUCGCGGUAUCGUCGAGUCUGUCUAGUCUCACCCCCUUGAUGGUGGCACAGGCUGCCCUUCCUCUCAAGGAUAUUCCCAUCGGCUCCGGCAUGGUUAUGUUCUUUCAAACUAUCGGCGCUUCUAUAUUCGUCUCUGUGGCCCAAGCACUGUUCACGAACGGUCUUGUUAAUGGCCUAGCACGUACCGGAAUGACUGGCUUCGAUGCGGGCACUGUGGCGUCACAGGGUAUCACCAACCUUACCAAAGGCUUGUCCGGCGACAUCAAAAGGAGGGUUCUUAUCGUUAUUAAUAACGCUCUCACACAGUCAUGGCACCUUGCUGUCGUUCUAAGCUGCAUCGCUCUCCUCGGUGCGCUAGCGGUGGAACACGGCAAGAUGAAAAAGAGGACGUAA